AUGAGAUUGCACGAAACAAUCCUGAGCAGUGGAGGGCCGUUGCCCUCUUCCUCCUCUACAGCUUCUGGACCCGGCGCUAUAACCCUCCACGACAUUCAAACCGGAACCUUGCUCGCGUCCUUCAAGCAGACUUCCUCUCGAGCGCACUCCCUGGCGGUGCUAGAAACGAAAGCAGCCGAAGGUGGCUUUGUACUUGCGCUGCAGGCCGAUAAACCGCUUUUGCAUGCGUAUAACUUCCAAAAGGACCAAAUCGCGUCCAAGAUUGUGUUACCUGAAAAACUCACAUGUAUAGCAGUUGACCCUCGAGGAUUCUGGUGUGCGGCGGGCACUGCACAGGGUCGGGUGUACAUAUGGGAGAUCGGCUCCGGGAUCAUGUACAAUGCGUGGGACGCUCACUAUCGCCAGGUCACCGUUUUGCGCUUCACGCACGACGGCGCUGCGCUCCUCUCCGGCAGCGAAGACUCGGGCGUGAGCGUCUGGUCCGUCGCGAGAUUGGUGGACGACGAUGCAAAGGAUGUGAUUCCGCUACCAGAACGCUCGCUCUCGGACCAUACACUACCGGUUACGGAUAUAUCAUGCGGCGUGGGUCCGUACCCGAAGUGCAGGGCCAUCACAGCGUCUGUUGAUCACUCGGUGAAGAUAUGGGAUUUGUCUUCGGGGACUUUGCUCACGACCUUCAGCUUCCCGAAACCAAUAUCGUGCCUCGCAUGGGAUUCGACUGAGCGCACAUUUUUCGCUGCAUCUGGAGAUAACACCAUAUAUCAGGUCAAUCUGUAUCGACAGCGAGAAGACCACAGGGUGGAAGCGGUCGGUGGGCUCGGCGCGAACGACGUUAUCCGUAUCGGAGAACCUGACGCGAAGGCAAAGCGAGAACGAUAUAUAGCCGUGGAGGAUCCUGUAACGGCGAUGACGAUCUCGCUCACGACGUCCUUCCUCCUGGUCGGCACCUCCACUGGCAAAAUUCACGUCUACGACGUGCCCUCCCACCAGCGCCUGCGCACUAUCUCGCCAUCCCUCUCCUCCGCCGCAGCUUCGACCGUGCCCCUCCCCAUCACGCACAUUCAGACAAUGCUACGUCCGGCGGACCUUAUCGGUCACGUCUCGUUAGACAUUGAUCCGAAAGCGAGCCAAGGCGCGGAAAUCGUGCCGCGCGUCGUGGCGCCGUUUCAGAGGACGAAGGAUGCGAAAGCGCGGGAGAGGCACGAGGUCAGCAUGAUUUUGCCCCCCAGCAUGAACGAAUGGUGCUCGAGCGAGGAGCUUCUCCGAGAUCAGGCAUUUUUCCUUCAACCGCAGUCGCAGGACAAGUCGUUGACCGGUGCGGUUGGUGCGAGCGAUAGCGCACGGGUGACGGAGUUAGAGGAGGAGGUACGAAGGUUGAAGGGCGAUUUGGGGAAGGCCAAGGCGCUCAACGACGAGAUGUGGGACAAAGUGGUCAAGAAGGUCGUGAAGCAGGCGAAAGAGCAGACGGGCGAAGACAAGAAGGGGGAAAGCGCGGAAGAGAGGAAAAGAAAGAGGACCCGCAGUUGA